AUGUCAGUGCUACUGGCAACAAAUGCCCUUUAUGAGGUGUUUGUGGGAAACAGGCUCCGAGCAGCUACGUUCCGACUCUUUCCUCAGCUUCUCAUGACACUGCUCAUCCAGAUUCACCACAGCAUUCGCUUCACCAUGUCUGAUGUCGCCAUCGCAAGUGGCCUGUACACAGAACAGGAAGUGUCUUUAGAGGAUCCCUUGUGCUUCGCCAUACAGGCUACAAGGACUCUCCUCCUCAGAACAUUCUGCUGCCGGGAAUUCAACAUCAUGGAAAAGAAUAAAAGAUGGACUCUCCUGGAAGGAAAAGAUUGCUGUCUUCCGGGAAUAUCCCUCCUUGCCAAUGCAUUGCUGGAGAGAAAUCACCUCCUUGCACAUAAGGUCAUGUACCUGCUAGUCCCUCUUCUUAACCGAGGGAAUGAUAAACAUAAACUCACAUCUGCAGGCUUUUUUGUGGAGCUUUUCCAGAGUCCAGUGGCUAGGAGACUGCCCAGCAUAUACUCUGUUGCCCGCUUGAAAGACUGGCUACUUCAUGGAAAAAUCUUUAAAAUUCUUGCCCUGAGGGGACUGCACUAUUUUAUCAGACACCAGGAGAUGAGAGAAGACAUCAAGAGCUUGUUGCCAUGCAUCUUGGACUUCUUAUAUGAAUCCGACGAGAAGAGUUUGUUGGCCAUUCAGAUACUCCUGCAGUUCGUCAGGAUGAUGGAUUUCACCACCCCGACUGCCAUGAUGAGGACCCUCUUCUCCUUAUUUGGUGAUGUAAGACCUGAUGUUCAUCGUUUCUCCAUGACCCUCUUUGGAGCCUCCAUAAAGUCUGUGAAAUACACAGAUAAGAAGGGUGUAGAGAGCCAAGUCCUGGACAGCUUGGUCCCACUUCUUCUGUAUUCUCAGGAUGAAAAUGAUGCAGUAGCUGAGGAGAGCAGGCAAGUCCUAACUAUAUGUGCCCAGUUCGUGAAGUGGAAGCUGCCCCAAGAAGUGUACUGCAGAGAUCCCUGGUACAUCAACCCUAGUGAAGCUGGAACAAUCUGCAGAUUCUUUGGAAAAAAAUGCAAGGGGAAGGUUAACAUCUUAGCCCAAACAUUGAUGUUCUCCAAGAAUGCAAAACUUCCUAUCAGAAGAGCGGCAGUCUUGUUUGUAGGGCUCUUAUCAAGGUACGUGGAUCACAGUGAGCUCAGGAUGAAGGGCACUGACUGGAUAGAGGAUGAUCUGAGAAAGCUGCUACAUGACCCUGAGCCCUUUCUACGCAUCAUCGCCUCCCAGGCUCUGUUCCGAGUCCAGAAGGUGGGAGCUGAACCAGAUCCCAGGCAGACAACAUUCAAGCAAGAAAAAUUUUCUGAAGCGGUGUAA